UUCGUGCUCAUUUUUCUUUUAUCUAACGUUAAAUAAAAAGGCCCGAGUACAUAAUUUGAUUGAGGCUCGUGCGCUGCUUGUUUUGAGGAAGUUUUACGGGUCGUUUCACGGCCCGUGGGCGGAUCUCGUCGACGGACCGGAUGCACCAUCUGGUGGCGGUGUUUAACUUCAUUUUUUUCUCCUCAGGGGUGGUGGCCGCCGCUGUUUUUUUUUUUUUUUGCAUCACAACCUCUUUUCCAGAUCGGCCCACCAAAGCAUGGGAAUGUUGCGAGGGAUCUUCUGACGAAAACUCGCGUUAAAGUGCCGGACAAGUUUCUUCAACUCCCCCCCCCCCCCCAAAAAAACCCAGCCGCCUCCACGUCACCGGAGCUCGCGCGCGCCACCAGAGACCCGCUAGCGAGACGCCGAGGGAAACAUUGCAGGCGGCGAGCGAUUCCGGACAAAGGAAAAAAAAAGGAGAGACUUGUGAGCUAACGUUAGCCGGCUCCCGGGGGCUAGCUUAGCAUUCCUGUAGCCGCGGCGCAAUGCAGGCCAUAAAGUGUGUCGUUGUCGGAGACGGAGCUGUGGGUAAGACCUGCCUGCUCAUCAGCUACACCACCAAUGCCUUUCCAGGAGAGUACAUCCCCACAGUGUUCGACAACUAUUCCGCCAAUGUUAUGGUGGACGGGAAGCCGGUGAACCUGGGUCUUUGGGAUACAGCAGGACAAGAAGAUUAUGACCGGCUUCGCCCACUUUCCUACCCACAAACGGAUGUGUUUCUCAUCUGCUUCUCGCUUGUGAGUCCGGCUUCCUUUGAAAACGUCCGUGCCAAGUGGUACCCUGAGGUGAGACACCAUUGCCCCAACACUCCCAUCAUCCUGGUGGGUACCAAGCUGGAUCUAAGGGAUGACAAGGACACCACAGAAAAGCUGAAGGAGAAGAAGCUCUCCCCCAUUACAUAUCCACAAGGGCUGGCGAUGGCCAAAGAGAUCGGUUCAGUCAAGUACCUGGAGUGCUCAGCCUUGACCCAGCGCGGCCUUAAAACUGUGUUCGACGAGGCCAUCCGGGCCGUCCUCUGCCCCCCACCCGUCAAGAAGAAGGGGAAGAAGUGCACUCUCCUCUAAGACUUCCUCCACUGGGACGCUUGCGGGGGAUCAUGGUGAGAGGUGGCUAAAGAAACACACCAGUAUACACACAAAAACAUUGUACUUCAGAUUCUUUCCUUCCAUAAGUGUAGCUGCAGCAGAUCUACAAACGAUUUCCUUGAAAGAUUUGACGUAGGGUCAGAUGUAGGAGAAGGGGUUGGAAGAUGAUAGACCCUGGACCCGUGCUCUUUCCCAACAACACGUACUGUAUAAACAACACUAUGAAAUUCUUGAGGCCUUCUAAAGUGGAUUGGAUGUUUUGUAAAAUGAAAAUAUAAAAUGGACCGUGGAAUGUUUUAUCGUUUUGUUUCUCCACUGGUUGUCCACCUUUUGCUUUUGUUCUUUUGUUUAAAGUCUUAGUUGUUUUGUUUUAAGUGGAAGAAAUAUUGCCAAAUGCAUCUAGCAGACGUGCUGCAUUUUUAAAUCGAAAAUUAAAUUCACAUUCUAGUCUCAAACCUUUUUAAACUCACAAAACACUGAGGGCAGUUUGCUGUUGUGUGCCACUGCUUUGUUCAGCGCCAUAAUCAGUGGCAUUAUUUUUCUCUUUGCGCAACAGGGAACUUGAAUCUAAUCAUCUGUGAAGGUCUUUUUUUUUGCGUCAAAUCGCUGUUUGUGCGGCGUGAGUCUGUCCACUAGCUCGCUUCCAGUCGCAGCACGCAAUGUGUGGUGAUUCGUUGUCGUGGAUUUAACGACGCCUAAAACGUACUGAAGACUCUGACCGAGGGAAGUGGUCACCCGACCGACCGUGCUAUUAACCCCCCCCCAACGCGUUGAUAAAUCUAAAUAAUCCAGUAUUCCACGCGUUUGGCUCCAAUGGGACCUGUCAGGUUCAUCGUGUUUUUCAAUAUUUCCCUACUAGUGUAUCUCGACUGUAUGGCUGCCCACGAGUGCAACGCUGCAAAUCAUAUUGGAUCGGUGGAGGGGAACAAGAGCACCUUUUUUUUAAUGCUCUGUGGGCAUUUAUCAUAAUUAAAAAAACCAUGAUAUUUUAAUAGCAUCACUACUGGCUAAGCAAUGUCACUAAGAAGAGCAUUUACGGCCGCUAAUGACGGUGACAAGGCUGUUGUCGGUCGUGGUGUAGCAUACAGCGUACUCAUCUUUGUUUAUAAUCAUAUUAUUUGACUGUUUUUGUAUCCUUCUUUGCAGAAGUUACACUUCACUCACUGUAUUGUUUAAACUAACACUAUGAAUAUUGUUUUGUUUAUUACCUAUUCAGUUAACGCUACCUUAAUCUCCCUACAAGCCUAGCUUUUUGUAAUUAAUGCUGAUCGCAUGUACGUGCAACAUAUACUGAAAACUAAGAUUAGAAUUACAAUGGUUAUAUUUUUUUGCCCAUUAGAAAAAUGUACUUGAACCACUAGAUCAGGUGUUAAGUACAUGUUGCUCAUCUGUAUUGUAUUCAGACAUCAAGCUGUGCUUUAAUUGAAGACAAUGUUGUAACUCUUUAGACUGACGGAUAAAAGCUAUUGUCACUUUUUGAAAAGCCAAUAAAUUCAAGUAAAACCAA